GUAAUUUCCGUUUCCCCGCCUCCGGUCUCUUUCCGCUGGAACCUAGGGGGUGCGAGGGAGGAGCGGAGCUGGGGAAGCGCCACCAGCCCUCGGGCCCCGCCCCAGCCCCAGCCCGGCCCAGCCUGGCCCAGCCAACCCUCCCCUGUCUGCGCGGCGACCCCGCCCCGAGCGCCCAGUAUGAAAGAGCAGAGUCUGGAUGAAGAGAUGGUAGAAGAAAAUAUGGAAACCCCAGUGGAGGAGCUGCCACCAUACCUGCGAGAGGAUCCCCCUAAAGAUCCAAAUAAAGCCCCUGGGCAGCUGGAGGAGCAAGGAGGGGUGAUCUGGAGGAUGACGGGGGGCCUCUUCAGCAUCACCAAGGGAGCUGUGGGGGCCACGCUAGGAGGUGUCGCCUGGGUGGGGAGCAAGAGUCUGGCGUUCACCAAGACAGCUGUGACCACGGUGCCCACGGCCGGCAUGGGGCUGGUGAAAGGCGGCGUGUCAGCCAUGAGCAGCGGCGUGGGGGCCGUGGGCUCUGCCGUGGUCGGGAAAGUCCCUUUCGCUACCAGGAAGAAGGAUAAGUCUGACUAACUUCAAGGUGGAGGAGCCCUCCUCGGCCUGAUGUUCCUGUCUCCAUGGCUCUCUCUCCUUCAGACAGACUGGCCCAGCCCUCAUCUGGUCAUUCACCAUUCCUCAUGCCACAGCUGGAAGGGGUUUCCUCUGUUCCUCCUUCUCCUUCCCCAGCACCUCCGAGGUCUGCUCAGCUCAGGCCAGACUUUGGCCACAGCUUUUUGUGCUGUCAUCCCCAGCCUGAAACUCCAUCCCUCAGACUAGGCAGGGCCAUGGAGGGGGGCUCCAAGGAGAUAUGGAGAUUCAGGGCUCCCGGGGUCUUGAUCCAGACCAGGGGCAGGUGAUUAGACCAAGUGGCCUCAAUAGAAAAAGCGACCCAUAGAACGGCAGCUAACCAGAGCCCAGGGCUUUUUCUGCCCACUUGGUUUAAACAUCACUGGUUUGCCCCCAACCAAGGCCAAAGCACCCUUUUCCUUCAGCAUGGGUAGGACCAAGUCUUCUCCCAACUCUUCCUAGCACCCACUUGUGGACUCUAGAUUUGGGGCCCACUCAAGUAUAGAGACUCCUAGAAUUCCAACACUACACAGGGGACCUGGGACAUCAUCUAUUCUUCAGUUGAAUAGAUGGGGAAACUGAGUCCUAUUGGCCCCUUAAGGUGACCUUUAAUGGGAUACAGGGAUCAGGAGCAUCAAACAUAGCUAGGGUCUGAAUUGGGCCAAGUGUCCGCUGGUCCAGUAGGUGACCACAUGCAUCUGAAAGACAACCCAUAGAAUGUCAGCUCCCUGAGGGCAGGGACUAUCUCAUUCUUUGUCUUUGAAGCCCUAGUGCCUAUCCUACCUUAGGCGCUAGGCAAAUGAUUUUUGAAUGGAAUGGAUGGAAUUAGUGGCAUAGCCAGGACCAGAGUCCAAGUGUCCUACCUCCCAGGCUAGUGCUCCUUCCGCCAUGCCACAGUGGCUGUGCUUACCUUUGCCUGCUGCCUACCUUGGAGCUGAGAACCCUGCAGUGACCACAGUCUGCAUGCCUCCAGAUUCCAUGAUUUCUUUAGUCACAGGGGCAGGAAGUUCUCCCAUCCCCUUGAGUCCUGGAACGGGACAUUUCCUCCUCUGAACACAAGAGACAAGGCCCAAAACUUGGCCCUGCAGGUUCUCCAAAAUGGCAAUUCUUUGGGUGGUUGGAAUGAGAAGCCAGGGAUGAGGAAGGGGAAACUGACCCUUUCUUCUGGGUCAGGACCAAAGAGUCCCUAGUUAGUCACUAGGAGACCAAUAGAAAUAACCCUCCCCUAUGGCUAUCUUCAUCCCACCUCUUCUGCCUCACCUUGGGCAAGGCAAGGUUCAACAGUCCCAGAAGGGAUUUGGGCAUUUGUCUGAGGACCUAUGGAAAGCUGGGGAGGAAGAAAGGGGAGCAAGCUGAGCUUGGCACCUAAUUCUCCUCCCCACGACAUCAUAGGGUAUAUCUUCCACCAGGGUCAUUCCCAUGACCUGGGCAACCUGAGAGUCUCCCAACCUCCUGCCCAGGGAUGGUCCCACUGGCCAACUCAUGUAGAACCCCAGAGUAGGAAGAACCUCAGAUGUCAACCAGUCCUGCCCAUGUCUGAAUAGAACCCCCACCCCACCUUAGUUCUGUCUCUCUAUCUUCUCACACAUGAAGCUCUAUUGCAAGAGUAUAAGCUUGCAGGAAAAAAGAGCUGCCCACCUGUGGUGGGAACCAGCUCAGGUGAGAAGCCUUCUCUGGAGCUGGCCAAUGGCCCUCAUCAUGUCCCUUAGGGGUCUCCGGAGCACUCAGAGGAACAGAUCAAAGGCCUGACCCCAAAGGGAUCUACUCUUCCCCUGCCCUCCCAGAAAGGGGGCACUGAUGGGGAUUCUGGGAAAUAGCCCAUGGCCUUGUGUUUGGGGUGGGGUAGAUGUUCAUUUUGGGAAUGGGAAGCAUCCAUGUAAUUUUACUGAUAAUAAAGUUUGAAGCUAAGGA